UUUUAUCUCUUGCAUUCUCCCCUGUUUCCCAACUUCCCUAAUUGAAACUGUUUUGCGAUUAAUAGAGAGGAUUGUGGUUCGUGUGCUCCCUGAACUAUCAUUCCCACGUAAAUGGGAGGGUGGACCCCCUGCUAAUAUUGCUUACGACACACUAACUGUAUUGUGCCUGCUACAUAUAAUGUCCAGAGCAGCAAUAAUUACAAGGCUGGCUAGACAAAUUAGUCAACUUACAGUGAACAGAACUUCCGUCCUCACUUGCAGUUACAGUACAGAUGUGCAACAUUCAAUCCCCAAAAAGAGUGAUGCAGGGACAAUAGGGUCCUUUGGUGAUCGAUUUAGCAAUAAAUCACCCUCUUCCUUUGCACAAAACCCCAUUGGAGGCGAAUGCAAACCCCAAGUAGGAGAAAAUGUCUCAAGGAAGGAUAAGAUCAGCUUUCUUGUAAAUACUCUUCUUGAUCUAAACGAUAGUAAGGAAGCUGUAUAUGGUGCACUUGAUGCUUGGGUUGCGUGGGAGCGGACUUUCCCGAUUGGACCCCUAAAGCAGGUAUUACUCAAACUAGAGAAAGAGCAACAGUGGCAUAGAAUUGUUCAGGUCAUUAAGUGGAUGUUAAGCAAGGGUCAGGGAAAUACAAUGGGAACGUAUGAGCAGUUAAUUAAAGCACUGGAUAUGGAUCACAGGGCAAAAGAGGCACAUGAGUUUUGGAAUAAGAAAAUUGGCUGCGAUCUACAUUCUGUGCCAUGGCGGUUGUGUAGUCUUAUGAUUUCUGUAUAUUACCGUAAUCAUAUGCUUGAGGAUCUUACUAAGCUAUUCAAGGGCUUAGAAGCAUUUGAUCGGAAACCUCCCGAAAAGUCAAUCGUGCAGAAAGUAGCUGAUACAUAUGAGGUGCUAGGCUUUGUUGAUGAGAAGGAUCGCGUACUAGAGAAGUACAAAGACUUGUUUACGGAGACAUGGGAUGGAAAUCCAAAGGGAUUGAGAGGGUCUCGAUCCCAAAGAAAACAAAAACAGGCACAGGAAAAUUAAGUGUUAUAUCAAAUAUGUAUGUUUAGUGUGCAGGCGUUUGAUAUCAGGUUUACAUAAGUAAUCAAUCUACUCAAUAUUUUCAGAGAUUUUAUUUUGGUGUGGUAGAAAAUUAUUUAUUGCACGGCCAGGAUCUAGCGAACCCCCGGAUGAUGGAGCCUGUGUGAGCAUGCAUUUGCUAGGUGCCAUUUUAAGUAGAAACCUGGGAUGUUAUUUAGUCAGACUGCUAUGGUCCUAUGUAUUUUUAGCAUCUUAUGCUGCCUGUCUAUGGAGUUAGAAAAUGUGAUUGAAACAUGUACCUGAACGAAAAAACAGAAUUGUGAUAUCAUGCUUCAUGUUUCGAGAUUGAUGAAAUUUCAUUGCUUGAUAUGAGGUUCAGUUUAAAGUA